CAAAGAUAGUUGUCUGAAGUACUUUUCUACAACACCUUGACACUGCUUAUAAUGAACCCUGAGUAUGACUACCUGUUCAAGUUACUGCUCAUUGGUGACUCUGGUGUGGGAAAGUCAUGUUUACUCCUACGCUUUGCUUAUUCCCACAGGAUGACACUUAUACAGAGAGCUACAUCAGCACUAUUGGUGUAGACUUCAAAAUCAGAACUAUUGAAAUGGAGGGGAAGACUGUCAAACUGCAAAUUUGGGACACAGCAGGACAGGAGCGAUUUCGGACUAUAACAUCCAGCUAUUAUCGUGGAGCCCAUGGGAUCAUAAUAGUCUAUGAUGUCACAGAGCAGGAGUCUUUCAACAAUGUGAAGCAAUGGUUAGAAGAGAUUGAUCGCUAUGCAUGUGAAAAUGUCUCCAAGUUGCUAGUCGGGAACAAAAGUGACCUUUCCUCUAAAAAGGUGGUGGACUUUACAACAGCAAAGGAAUUUGCUGAGCCACUCAAAAUCCCAUUCCUGGAGACAAGUGCCAAGAAUGCAAACAACGUAGAAAAGGCAUUUUUAACAAUGUCCUCUGAAAUUCAAAAGAGGAUUGGGACAGACAGUGUUCAGAAUGAAACUGUUAAAAUGGGAUCCAAAAUAAGCAGUGCCCCCCUAUGGCCGGGAGGAGAGAAAUCAGUAGCUGAAGAGGUCAGCUCUUGCUGUUAGUGCUGAAUAUAAUUUCAAUUAAGGGCAAUGUGAAAAUUCUUAUUUUUGUUUAUGGUUAUUGCUUUAUUUAUUUUUUCUCUUAUUCCAAUUAUACAAAUUUAAAUCAAGCCAUUGAUUUUAUGUUUGCAGUUAUUGAAUAUGUUGAGUUUGUAUGACACAUCCUAAUGAACUAAUGAAGAUGGUACAUGGUACAGAAUGAAACACAUUGCCAUUGUAUAGCCACCAAAUACUCCUUUAUGUAGAGUACCAGAAACUGGUUUAAGAAAUGCUUGUAAAAACAACAUUUGGAAAUACAUGCAUUGUUCCUAUAUAUUACAAGUCCUGACUAAAACCUCAGCUGUAAAUGCCCUUUCCUAUUUUGGUAUUUUUCAAUGUGUCUGAUACUUUAUCUCUUCAAAGCAAAACUAUGAGAACUAGGAUAAGUUAAUCUUAAAAUAUAUUUACUUCUCAAAAAAUAAAAAUAUAUAUAUACAUUAGAAUCUAAACCUACUUAGUAUGCCUUCUGUUUGCAUACAGUG